UUAGAUCAUUUCCAUAUGACUUUAAAUCCCCACUGUUAGAAGUUUGGACUCUUGUGAUUAAAAUUUAUACAAAGAGAGGGACGUAAAAUAACACCAGAGUGAACUUUUCGUUAUCAUCGAACGAACGCACUUCUCUACAAUGUCUCUCGAUCAGGAUUUUGAAGCAGCUGCUGAGGCUAUAAAACAUAUUUCUCAAAGACCAAGUGACGAAGAACUUUUGGAACUUUAUGCCCUUUUUAAACAGGCAACAGUCGGCGAUGUCAAUACAACCCGACCAGGAAUGUUGGAUUUAAAAGGCAAAGCAAAAUGGGAUUUUUGGAAUAAAAAAAAGGGUACGUCAAAAGAAACAGCAAAACAACAAUACGUUGCCUAUGUUGAUAAACUUAUUGAAAAAUACAAGUAAACAAUUAGAAAUUAUACGCUUGUUAAAUUAAUUAAAAAACAUAAAAAUAUACCUACUAUUAAAAACAAUUUUAUAAAGUAUUUUCUAAUUGUUAAAAGCGACUAUACUGAAAAAAUUGUAUUACAAUUCGACUGUCAUCGUUAUCCAGAAAUUUAUUGUAAUAUUUAUAUGAUUAAUAAUUAGAAAAUAUAAAAAUAUUUAUAAUUA